CUAGCAACCAGCCCGUCAGCCAGCUCAGUGCCUCUCCAGGCCGUCCGCCCGUCCGGACACGCCGCGUCCCGGACUACAAGUUGCCCAAAUAACGAGGCAAACCCUCCAUGGAGCCGAACUCUGAGUGAGCCGAGGGCGCCGCCAUGAACGACCGGUAUCACCGGGCGGCCCGGGACGGCUACCUGGACGUGCUGAAGGAGGCCACACGGAAGGAGCUGAACGCACCGGAUGAGGAUGGGAUGACACCGACGUUAUGGGCCGCUUACCACGGCAACCUGGAGGCGCUCCGGCUCAUCGUGGGGAGAGGAGGUGACCCAGACAAGUGUGACAUCUGGGGCAACACGCCGCUUCACCUGGCAGCUGCCAACGGCCACCACAACUGCCUGUCCUUCCUGGUGGCUUUCGGUGCCAACGUGUGGUGUCUGGACAAUGACUACCACACACCGCUGGACAUGGCCGCCACCAAGGGACACAUGGACUGUGUUCGCUACCUGGACUCCAUCGCUGCCAAGCAGAUCACCCUCAACCCAAAGCUGGUCGGCAAACUCAAGGACCGGGCGUUCCACGCUGCGGAGCGCCGGAUCAAAGACUGCGCAAAGCUCCAGAGGAAGCACCGUGAACGUAUGGAGAGGAGGUUCAUGAAGGAGUCAGCGGCUUUGGACAACUUGGAUGCUAUUAGCUUUUCUAGCUACACCAGCGGCAGCACACUGAGGAGCAAGUUCAACACUGUCACCUCCAACAUGCCAUACUCGCAGGCCACCCUGCAUUCCACAGCCAAGGGCAAGGCCAAGAUACAGAAGAAGCUAGAGAAGAAGAAGCAGGUAGAUGGAACGUUCAAGAUCUACGAGGACGGGAGGAAAAGCGUGCGCUCGUUGUCUGGCCUACAGCUUGGCAAUGACGUCAUGUUCGUCAAACAGGGCACAUACGGCAACCCCAAGGAGCAGUCACGCCUCAACAUCCGCGACAUGUUCCCCCGUGACAAUGACGACGAUGCUGACACCAUCUCUCGUGCCAUGAGCGACCCGGGCCUCCAUGAGGCUGCAUAUUCGGAGAUCAGUGCCGACUCCGGGCGUGAUUCCCUGUUCACCCGACCCGGGCUUGGCACCAUGGUGUUCAGGAGGAACUAUAUGAGUGGAGGCAUGUUUGGUAUCGGGGCACGGGAUGAAGGGAGUGUAGCGGGGAGUGAACCUUUGGGCCGGGCACCUAAUGUUCGUCUACGGGGACAUCUGCCUCAACGCUUGUCCAGCUUUGAUGAGGACAGUAUUGGCAGCGCCUUGAGCCUGCAAGAAAGACACCUUCAGGAUUUUCCCUGGGAGGAGACUGACGUUGGGUUGGAUCAGGACUUGGAGCCAGAAAACAGUCCUCUGGAGACCUUCCUGGCCUCUCAAAGCCUCAGUGAGUUCAUGCAGAUCUUCAGGAGGGAGAAGAUCGACCUGCAGGCUUUACUGCUGUGUUCAGAUCAGGACCUCACAAGUAUCCAUAUCCCUUUGGGCCCCAGGAAGAAACUUCUGGAUGCCUGCAAGAGACGUCUGGACACCCUAGAUGAACCAGAGGCCAUUGAAGACACUGAGCUUUGAAGGAUAAACACACAGCGAAGACGUUAUGUUAUUAUUCCCCAGUACAGUCAGCGGAGGCAACAUGGAAUCUAAGCAUCUAACUAAAACUUGGAAAAGAAGUAAUAAACAUUUUUAUGGGAAAACUUUGCCACAUAUACAGACACAUGGGCACAUGUCUGCAUUGUGUUUGUAUGGAUUCUCUUCCAGUGAAAUUUAGCCUGUCUGUUACUGUAACAGCUGUUGUCUUUGGUAUACCGUAUCAAUGAAUGAUUUAUGUAUAAGUGAAUGUAUGUACCUAAUCCUCUGAAUAUAUUGUGUAUUAUGUUUUCAUUGUACAGUUUUCUUACUUUAAACAUGUUAUUUUACUCCAUGGCACAUACACAAUGGCGACUUACUAUUUAUUGGGUUAUUUAUGAAUGAAAAGCCACAGACUGACCGUUGCUCUGCAAACAGUGUUGCAAGAGUAAAAACAAUGGUGUGGGACUGUGAGCUUAUGUGAGUGUGUGCUAGAUAACACUGUUAUCUCAGGUUGCUCCAGGGCAUAUUUGGUUUCUCUGAAGGUCUGUCUGUCUGUGCACUUGAGAGUAUGAUUGUGCAUGAAUGUACAUUUUAUGUUGGUAAAAACCUGUUUUUGUAUCUGAAGAUGUACCCACAACAAUAAUUAUCUUUUAUUAAACAAAGUGAAAAAUA